AUGAACUCGACCGCUACAGGAAGGCGCCAAGGGCUCCGGAAGGGCACUCGAAGCUGCUGGGAAUGCAAGAGGCGCAAGACCCGCUGCAUCUUCAGCUCCGGGGCCUCCCACAACACGCCUUGCACUGGAUGCCAACGCCGAGGGCUGGCCUGCGUGAGCCAGCAGGUGCCAGAGGAGAGUGCCCGGCCUACUGUGCCGUACCAGCCGCUGAGUGACCGGCUGGUCCGCGUGGAGAAGCUCCUUGAGGAAAUUGCGGCGAAGCAGGAUUCUGGCGCGACGCCGACACGGCACUCGGAUCCAGGCAAUGUGUUCAACGUGAACUCCGAAAUUGUCUACACGCCCGGUAUCUCUGCAUGUAUGGCUGUCGAGGACGGUUGUGAGGGUGAGUAUGUUUCCCUGAACAGGAGGCACGUGGAAAAUAUGCCCAGGCAACCCAGAGAGCAGCCAGAGAAGCUUCAGGCAGUGCUGCCAACAACUGAAGACAUGAGCAUCAUCGCUCGGGUCAUUAGUCACGAUGCGCUCUAUUAUCAUAUGAUGAUGGCGAUCCCAUAUACGCAGGCCAAGUUCCCAACGUCCAACACUCUAGGCUCCCUGGCCACGCUGCCAGACCUCACUUCGCACCCGGUUCUCAUCGCAAAGAGGCUGCUCAUCAUAGCGACUUUCUUGCAGGGCAUGGCGCCCGAGCAUAGAAGCCAGGCCAUGCGUCUGUCCAUGCCAGUUGACGUUAUGAAGACGUGCCUCGUGGAUGUUGCCAGGCGCUUGGUCGAAACCAGGGACGACCAGAUCAAAUUCAUGGAGGAGAUGGAGUGUAUCCUCCUCGAGGCCGUCUUCCAUGCCAACUCUGGGAACCUGAGGCGUUGCUGGCUGGCUUUUCGCCGAUUGAUGGCCAUCGGACAGAUGCUUGGUAUGAACCGCCCAGGCCGUCAGCUUGUCCAGUUUCUGGAUGCUGAGAACGCGGCUGACCCGCCUUUCAUGUAUUUCCAAAUCAUAUACAUGGAACGCGUGCUGUGCUUACUGCUCGGGCAGCCCCAAGGCUCCUCGGGCAGCGAUCUAAUGCCUUUUAGCGACGAGAACCCGGUCCAGCGGAUGGAAUUCCUGCAUUCGUCGGUAGCCAGCCAGAUACUCACGCGCAACGAGGAGGGGCUCUGCUACGAAGACUUUUCGGCCACGCAAAAGAUUGACAUCGAGAUGCAAAAGGCCGCUCGCAUGGUCCCUCAAGACUGGUGGCUUGUGCCCGAUCUAUCUGCCAAGUCUGAUCGAGUCAGGGGUUUCUGUCAGCUCACCACCCACCUCAUGCAUCAUUAUCUACUUAUCCAGCUUCACCUACCGUUCAUCCUCCCGUCGCCCACGGAGGUCAGGCAGGACUACAGCAUCUUCACGUGCGUCCACGCCAGCCGCGAGGUCCUGACCCGCUUCAUAUCCUUCCACUGCCUCAACGGCGUGACGUUCAACUUCUCCCGCCUCUACUUCUUCGCUCUGAUCGCCAUCGAGGCCAUCCUGCUGGCGCACAUCAACAGCCGGAGCUUUCGGGACUGGGGCGACAUCCUCGCCCACCAGCGGGCAAACGACCGUUCCAUCGCGAUGCAGGUUUUGAGGCACGUGGAUAAGGCGAGCGAGAUUUGUCCCGAGGUGCGGUACGGGAAGAGCGCCCAUGUCCUCCGUCAGCUGCUGCAGAUCGAGAACGAGGCCUACGAGCAGUGUAGCCUCGAAGGUCCGGAUCCGCAGGGCGCGCAGCAUGAGCUGCGGGUGAGCGUGCCUUUCUUUGGUAUUGUUACUGUGACGCGGCAGGGGAUCAUCAAGUCUCAAGGUCCUAUUGUCACUCCUCUUCAAAGUUAUGGGCCGCAGGUCUUGGGUCUCGAACCUGGGCGUCAGGGAAAUCCUGGUCAGCCCUUUCCAUAUGCCACAGGGAUUGAGACAAAUAGUUCAACGACUUUCGGCAAUGAUGGCCAUCGGCUUUUUUCUGACUCGGGUCAGACACGAACCGGCCUGGAUCAUUCGGACUUCUUGAUAGAGGAGGCUUUUCCGGGGGUAGAUGCAAACUUCUUUGAUAGCAUAGUAAGUGAAUCUUAG